CUCAAGCUAAUCUCUAUUUAAACCGGUUUUUAUUGUUGCUUUUUAUUUAAAGCAUUCACGUUGGCUAAACAAAUUAGUUAACUUUUAAUCGUGUUAUUUCUUUAGAGAUUAUAUAUAGUGAUAUACCAAACGCAUUGGCUUCUCUUUUUUUUGAUAAGGUACGUGUAUCUAAAUACACAAGAUACAGCUUAAGGCACAUCAAAAAUUGAAAGGAGAAAGAAGAUGGGUUUGUUGCCAUUGGUGAAGAAACUAGGUUUCAUCAUCUUUCUUCUAGUUUCAGCUUCAGCGUUUGCUCUCUGUUCUGCAGGCCGAUCAUCCAUUUUAAUCUAUAGCCAAGAAGAUGAUCAUCCCGAGGUAUUCGUUUUAACUCCAAAAAAAGUUGCCAACUACCGUGCGUUGUAUAUCUUUACUUAGUAAAAAACCGAACAAAUUGAUAAUCAAGAUCGUAGUUAUAUGAUUUCAAGAACAAUUUUGUACGUUGGUGAAUACAUUCUAUUUGUGGACAGGUAGUAGAAAGAAGAAUACAUGAGCAUGAGAGAAUUCUGAGAAUGAAUUCAAGAGACUAUGGCCACUCCAGUCCUAAACCAAAGCUCGUGAGACCUCCUUUCAAGCUUAUUCCCAACUGAUCAUGCAUAUCACCGAUCGACUAUAUAUAGAUGCCAGACUUUCUGAGAUGUAUAAUAUAUGUAAACCUAAAUACUAACACUGCAAUAAGUUUGAAUGAUAAUCAUAUAUAUAAGUUUCAAGAUAUGUUUUCUAGUAAAUUAAUGAUUAGAUAGUGCUCUUUGCUAUCAUGCAGAAUGUAAAUUUGGUGAAUAGUCAUCAUUAGAUGAAUAUUACAAUUUAUCUGAUAGAAUCCUUAUGAUCAAAAUUAAUAUUGAAAUAUUCGAUUAAUU